AUGGUUUUACAAAAGCAGUAUGGCAAAGCUGAAGAGCUUGAAAAGGCCCUCUCACGCUACUCACGAGCUGCACAUCGCGAAAUUGUAGCGAGACUCUUUGUCUUGCCGCGCGAACUUCGCGACAUGAUCUAUGAUGAGCUCUGGGCCUUGGACUCAUGCAAGGAAACACUCAUGAACGGGCUUAUUGCUGGAGACGACAGGAACAAUCGACGUAAAGAGGCCUGGACUCAACGUUUCCCUGGGAAGCUUGACUGCUAUCUCCCAAACUUGGCCAAAGAGUGGUUUGGGGGAAGGGAAGUGGCGACAGAGAUGCUAGAGGCUUUUGGGAGAAGAGAUGGGACUGAUAUUACUGCCCGAGGGUGUUCCGAUCCUUGGUCUUCUUAUCACGUGUCGUGGAAAAAGUUGCACGACCUGAUCACAGUAAAGAUGUUUCACUCCGACGUCACGCUAUACGAGCUUCUGGGGAACACGGGUCUAGUCAUCGUCUUCGACUGCAUGGACGAGAUCGACGGAAACGAGGGUCUAGAGCGGAUAGGCAUACCGGGCAACUUCAACGCAGAACUUCGCCACUGCAUCGAUGUGCUCUCAUCUCUGCGCGACCAAAAGCCUCGCCCUAUCACCUUCGGGUUCGAGGAUGAGACGACAGGCGUACCCAGCAAUGUCACCCAUCUAUUUCGCUCGCUGAGCGGCCCGUUCCAAGAACUCCGGCAGUUGGGGUUUGACAUCAACAUCAGAUGUCAAACGAACGGCUACUUCCGCUACGUAUGGGACAUGUCAGGAACGUACAAUACUCACAGCCCUCACACGGAAAAUGUUGACAAGUGGACUCUGCGAGAUUGGAGCCUGAACUUCACGCGAGUGAACGAACAAUUCGAGGAGGCUCACUUGAUGGGCGAGACCUUCGUGUUUAAUCCAAAUGGGCCGCUCCGGGGGAGCUUUCGCAUCAAAAAGCAUGUGUGGGAGGCCAUGCGCAAGGAGCUUUAUCGCGCGUAUCCGGAAAUCGACAGUGUGGUGAAGUGGACGAAGAACGAGAGAGGUGAGAUAUGGAUGGACUGUGGGCCUGGUAGCGCCGGCGUUGUAGCGACAACUAAGGUUGGUUCGAACGAGGCAGAAGGAGAAUUUGGCAACAAGCAAAUCUGCGGUUCUUCGGAUGAAGAACGCAUCAAGUAUUCCAAUUGA